AUGGAUGCUUUCAACGGGAUUGUAAAGUUCAUCCUGCACCAGAAAACGGUGAUCGGCUACAGCUUCAUGGCUCUGCUGACCCUGGGGAGCGAGCGUCUCUUUUCCCUCGUGGCGUUCAAGUGUCCCUGCAGCAGCGAGAACGCGGUCUACGGGCUGGUCUUCCUGUUUGCUCCCGCCUGGGUCUUGCUGAUCCUGGGCUUCUUCCUGAACAACAGGUCCUGGAGACUCUUCACCGGCUGCUGCGUGAACCCCAGGAAGAUCUUCCCCCGAGGCCACAGCGGCCGCUUCUUCUAUGUCCUGGGCCAGAUCACGCUGAGCUCCUUGGUGGCGCCAAUGAUGUGGCUGUCUGUGGCUUUGCUCAAUGGCACCUUUUAUGAAUGUGCCAUGAGCGGGACAAAAAGUGCACGGCUCCUGGGGUUGAUUUGCAAGGACAAGCCCAAAGAGUGCUGGGCAGAGCUUCACAAAGUGUCCUGUGGCAAGACCAGCAUGCCAGCCACGGACAGCGAGGAGCUGAAGCUGUCCCUGCAGGCCCAGUCUCAGAUUCUAGGAUGGUGCCUGAUUUGUUCAGCAUCUUUGUUCUCUCUGCUCACCACUUGUUAUGCUCGCUGCCGAUCUAAAGUUAGCUACCUUCAGCUGAAUUUUUGGAAGACAUAUGCACAAAAGGAGAAGGAGCAGUUGGAAAAUGCGUUCCUGGACUACGCCAGCAAGCUGAGUGAGAGAAAUCUGAAAAGCUUUUUUGAAAACAAGAGGCCAGAGGUCUUCCCCAUGCCUACUUUUGCUGCCUGGGAGGCUGCUUCAGAGCUGCAUUCUUUCCACCAAAGCCAGCAACACUACAGCACCCUGCACAGGGUGGUGGAGGAGGGUCCGGAACUUAGCCCCGAGGAAGAUGAGACCACAAUAGUGCUUGUGGGUAGCGCCCACAAUGUGUAGUUCACCCACCAUCACUGACUCAUGGUGUCCAGAGGUUCACUUCUUAUAACAUCUUGUUACUGCAUCAGCCACAACCUGUGAAUAUCUGUGUUUUCUCACAUCCCGCGUUUCUUUAUAAGACAACAAGGCCAAGGGAAGCAGCUUUGCAGCUCCCAAGUGCAGACAGCAUUAGGAUGUGCUCAAACUGAUGGUGAGUGACUGGUCAAGGAUGGCGAGAAAGGUGGUCUUGCUUUGGGUGGGGAUUGGGUUCAGAAUCUUCAAGUUUAAGAUUUUAUGAUUUAACAGCAAGACGCAUGCAAGGAGGUCACGGCAUCUGAGGAGAAGUGGUGAGUUGUGAGUGAGACAGGUACUCUUAAUGGACUACUGUACACAGUGGGAUCUGCAGUGUAGUCAGCAAAAUCCUCGUCCUAUAAAUCUAUCCUACUGCCCUUUAAGGAUGUAUAAAAUUCUACCAUGUGAAAUUCAUUUCCUCAGAUUCUAAA